AUGAAGACAAGAAUGCUCAUCGUUCCCGCAUUGACCGGUCUGGCCUUCGCCGCGCGUGCUUUAGCAACAGCCGAUCCAGGCUACAACUGCCGCCCGGGCCAGAAAUGUUGGCCAUCAGCGCAAGAAUGGCAGCAGUUCAACGCCACCAUCGAUGGCCACUUGUAUCAAACUGUCCCGAUCGCGGCUCCCUGCUAUAAGAACUCUACCUACUACGAUCUAUCCGCGUGUGAGGCCGUGGAGGACUACUACGGCGACAGCAUCCCAAGAGGAACACACUUCGGACAGACAUACUGGUUAAACUGGGAAACCUGUGGAAACUCGGGCUGUGCUCUGCUGGAGAGCGAUCCAAGUCAGACGCUGUACGGCACGUGCGCCACGGGAAGGCUGGCAUCCUACUACGUCGAUGUUAGGGAAGCGUCGCACACAUCCGCCGCUCUCCUGUUCGCGCAGAAGCACAACAUCCGCAUCAGUGUCAAGAAUACCGGCCAUGAUUUUUUCGGGAGAUCGUCCGUGCCCAACUCGCUUGCCGUUUGGACGAAGAACCUCGACACGCUGGACUUCUUCGCCAACUUCACGGCGCAUAACUGCCCCUCUGCCAACGGCCGGAAUAUCGGGGAAAUGGGGGCGGGAGUGGUGGCGGGAGAUGCGUAUGAGUUCUUCAGCUCGCACGGAAUGGACAUCACGGGGGGGUAUGAACAGUCAGUGGGGCUGGCAGGUGGCUUUGGUCAAGGCGGAGGCGUUGGAUCGUUUACCACCACCCAUGGCUUGAUGGUCGACAAUGCUGUGGAGUUCGACGUCGUCACCGCGGAUGGCCAGUUCCGCACUAUCAACGAGUGCAAUGACCCCGAGCUGUUCUGGGCCAUGAGGGGCGGUGGCGGCGGCACAUAUGCGGUCCUCCUCAAAUAUCGAGUGCAGGUGUUUCCGACACUCCCGAUUCACACCUACACGUUUACGGCCAACUUCACAGGGGUGACUCCAAGCAACAACCGGACGGAAGAUGUCUCUCUUCGCGAGAUUCUCACAGCCCAUGCACAGCAUCAGGCUGCGUGGUCCGCCGAGCUGGUGACGGGACAGAUCGAGUAUUUCCCCGAGAGAGUCAGCGUCAGUCUGGUGCUUCCGUACAAUGAUGACGGCACUAAACUGAAAUCUGCAACUGCAUCGUUCGCCCAAUUCCUGGCGAACAGAACAGACCUUUCUGUGGCCACCGAUGGAUAUUCAUCCUACGCCAGCUACGCCGCCUAUCUCAACGUGACGACUGCGGUCGCAAAGGUCACGGAACCGUCCGGUAUUUUCUCGUUACUCGCUUCGCGUUUGAUCCCUCGCGAGGUCUUCACUUCUCCCGAAUUAAUAGAUGCGCUGGCGGAAGGUGUUGCGGAAGGCAUCGAAACCGCCCGAAGUGUUUUGGAUCUCACCGGAACCCAGGUUGUGUUGGAAUCGCCCCUCUCAAAUCCCGACCUGAACGAAACAACGUCCGCCCUGCCCGCCUGGAGAAACGCGCUGUGGCAUGUCAUCCAUGUCGGGGAAUGGCUGGAACCGCUGGACGCCGAUGCGCAUCGGAAUGCGACAGAUGUGUUUCUCCGGAUGCUGGACCCGCUCAAGGCGCUGAGCCCCGGUGGGGGGGCAUAUUUCAACGAAGCACACUUCGAGGAGCCUGAUUGGCAGGAGACCUACUUUGGAUCAUUCUAUGACCGGCUUCUGAAGGUGAAAAAUGACUAUGAUCCGACUCAUCUCUUUGACUGCUGGAGAUGCGUUGGUUGGAGAGGUGAACAAGAGUAA